CCCUACUUACAACCCCAACCCUAACCCCAACCCUACCUACAGCCCCCACCCUAACAAUAGUCCCUACUCUUACCGUCACCUCAGCCCUCAAUCCAGCCCCAGCCCCAAUCCUAAUCAGCCCAGCCCAAGCCCCUCCUAUAGCCCCUACCCUAACCCUAACCCUAACCCUAGACCCAGCCCUCUCUACUUCUCUCCCCCUCUCCUCCCGCGUGGGGGGUGGGGGUCAGAGAUGGGGGUAAGUCCAGCCGUCCAGCAGGUGACCCCAGAGAGGAGAGGACCACAAAUGAACCAUUUGAAUCAAUUGAAUCACUUGAACCAUUUGAAUCAAUUGAAUCACUUGAACCAUUUGAAUCAAUGGAACCAUCUGAAGCCUCUCUACUCACCCCCGGCACAGCAGACCCAGAUGACAUUGACGGAACAUUCUGGAAACUAUGAGACACCAAACUGCAGCAGGCUGCUGUGUUCUGUCUGUCAGAGGGUCUUUAAGAGCCUUCCUGCUCUGAACGGACACAUGCGCUCUCACGGAGGACUCCGAGGACAGACCGGCAGGACUCAAACACACAGGACGCAGAAAGAAGGGGUGAUUCCAGUGUCUCCUGUCCCCAUGUUGAUGCCCGUCUCUGUGCCCGUCAGACUCCCUGCCUCCCCCCAUCCAUGCCUGGAAGAGGAGCGCCAAGAAGGGGAGGAUGAGGGAAGGAGAGAACGGAAUGAGAGUAGAAAGGACAAGAGGAGGUAUCACCAUCGCCCCUCUCCUCUUGUCCUGCCCUGCCACUCCACUAGGGGUGCUGUGGUGUUCCAGAGUAUUCUGCGUUCAACUGUUGUUACCGAGGCCUACUACACCGCUCCUCCCAUGCUGAGGCCAGACAGGGAGGGAACUGGGCUAUACAGCUCUCUAACCACGAGUGAUGGUGACUUGGUAAAGCCCGGGGAGCAGCCAAUAAAGAUCAAACCGAGGAUCAACGUGGGGAUUGGAUUUCAGGCUGAAGUCCCACCUCUUCAGGACCAAAGACACUCCCACUCAGACCCCCACAAUGCACUGGUGCUGUGGACGCCCUGGGAUGCCCUGGAGAACUCAUCCACCCAGCACAGAGUGGAGUGUCUGUUGAUGAUGUCAUGUUCCAGUGUGUGUCCGGGGGGCGGGACUAACUCCGAGUAUGCCCUGCACAGCCUAUCCGAGAGCAGAGGGGACUUCCUGGGGACUCUGGAGAAGAUGCUCCUGCAGCACUGGCCUAGGAGACACAACUCUCUCACCCCAUACCACUACGCAGGGAGUGAUAAGUGGAGUCCAGUGGAGAAAAAGUUGGUGAAUAAAGCCUUUAUGAUGUACCAGAAGGACUUCCACCGCAUCCAGAAAAUGGUGGGGACUAAGUCAGUGUCUCAGUGUGUGGAGUAUUACUACACCUGGAAGAGGAGGCUGCGUCUAAAUGUAAGGUCCCCGGUCAGGCUGGCCAGCACACUGCCUCAGCCCACCAUGAAUGGCAAGAUGGGGCUCCACACCAUUUCUACAAAGAAUGCCUGUCAACCGAUCCACUGUGGUUCUUCCUGUCCCCUGCUCCAGGGUGUUCUCUAAAGUGAAGAGUCGUAACGCUCACAUGAAGACACACCGCCAGGAGGACCGCAGGAGUUGCAUUGCCCUAAACCCUAAACCCUACACCAGCACUGACCCUAAACCUUAAACCCUACACCAGCACUGAACCUAAACCAUCAGGACUAGCCCUAUACUGCCCUCUACAGUCCAACUCAUCACCUAGAUCACCAUACAGGGCCAGAUACCUUUUGAACGACUGGGGCCAAGCUAUGGUACAGGGCCUGGUUUCCCAAAAGCAUCUUAAGGCUAAGUUAAUUUUUUAGAACCUUCGUAGGAGCAUCUUUAAA